GUUGAGAGCGGCCGCCGGCGAUAGCCCAAUAGAAGUUAAGGUGUCGCGACCUUCUGCUCAAUCAUUUCAAAAAAUGCCUUUGAAUGAUGUUCAGAUCAAGAGAGAGAAUAGAAUUCGUGACACAAAAGACAUCCCAGUGGAGGAUGUGUCUUCAAUGCUGAAGUAUCGAUACUGUGUGGCUUCUCCAACAUCAAAUGAAACGUGCUUGAGUGAGUCAAGAAACGGAUCUGGUUAUAGUGGACUAGACACACUCAGCCCACCUUCUAAGCAUAGCUAUCUCUCCAGUGAAAGCACGGAAGACUCAGAGCUCAGUACCACCAGCGUGUCACAGGAGAGUCUGUUCAUCAAACUGCAAAGAGAUAUGAAGAAAACGAUACCACACGGCUUGGGAAACACUACAAAUGCUCUAAAUGCAACUCAAAAGAUGACCGCGCCCAUCAGCGUUCUAAACACAUUGAGGGGCAGCCCAGUGUUUGUAGAAAACGAACUAAUCUUUCAACCCAGUGUGGUAUACGCCCCACCGAUGCCCUACACAAAUUCCACUGCCUCCAUGUCUAAGCCUUGCGAUGAUAGCGUCCUUUCAUCGUCUGUGGGAAACAGCGACAUGAAUUCAGAAGAAACGUCUAUGUCCACUUUGACAGUUUCUUGUCCAGUUUUUGAAUUUAACAGAGGUGAACAAGUUCCCCACUCGCCCACCAUGAUAUGUGGAAAACCUCAGGUAAAACCGUGGACGCCUCUUGCAUCCAAGCGCCAG